GGUGGAGCCAGCCGCUGACCUGCGGGCAUCGCAGCACGGGCGCAUCAUCUGCCGGCAAUAAAUCCCCCCUUCUUCCUUCCCGUCCGCGCCGGAAAACGCCAGGAAGGGGUAAAAUGCAGCUCUGUGAUUAGAAAGCAAUAACUUGUGUUUGCGAGCAGGGCCGGAGGAAGGCGGGGAGCGGCCAGGUGCGCGGGCGGUGCCGGAGGAGCUCGGCGCCAUGGAACACAUCCGGAUGCCCAAGGUGGAAAAUGUUAGGUUACUUGAUCGUUUAUCUUCAAGAAGAGCUGUGGUGGGAACCUUAUAUUUAACAGCUACUCAUGUUAUAUUUGUGGAGAAUGGUUCAGAAACUCGCAAAGAAACCUGGGUUCUCCAUAGCCAAAUUUCCUCUGUUGAGAAGCAAGCCACCACUGCCACUGGUUGCCCAUUACUGAUCCGCUGUAAGAACUUCCAGGUCAUCCAGCUGGUGAUCCCUCAGGAACGGGACUGCCACGACAUUUACAUAUCUCUGAUACGUCUGGCUCGCCCAGUGAAAUAUGAAGAGCUGUAUUGUUUCUCCUUCAACCCAAAAUUAGAUAAAGAGGAACGAGAGCAAGGCUGGAAGCUUGUGGACCUCAAUGAAGAAUAUAAUCGGAUGGGUGUUCCAAACAGCUAUUGGCAGAUCAGUGAUGUAAACAGAGACUAUGGAGUCUGUGACUCCUAUCCUACAGAAAUCUAUGUACCAAAGUCUGCAACUGCACACAUCAUAGUGGGGAGCUCUAAAUUUCGCAGCCGAAGGCGUUUCCCAGCUCUUUCCUACUACUGCAAGGGUAACAAUGCCUCCAUAUGUAGAAGCAGCCAGCCCUUAUCUGGCUUUAGUGCUCGAUGCCUUGAGGAUGAACAGAUGCUCCAGGCCAUUAGAAAAGCCAAUCCAGGAAGUGAUUUCAUAUAUGUUGUUGACACUAGGCCCAAACUCAAUGCAAUGGCAAACAGAGCAGCGGGGAAGGGAUAUGAAAAUGAAGACAACUACUCCAACAUCAAGUUUCAAUUCAUAGGCAUUGAGAACAUCCAUGUUAUGAGAAAUAGUCUGCAGAAAAUGCUUGAAGUUUGUGAGCUGAAAUCACCUUCAAUGAGCGACUUUCUGUGGGGCUUAGAAAAUUCUGGCUGGUUGAAGCACAUCAAAGCCAUUAUGGAUGCUGGCAUUUUUAUUGCAAAGGCUGUGGCUGAGGAAGGUGUGAGUGUGCUUGUUCACUGCUCUGAUGGCUGGGAUAGGACAGCCCAGGUUUGCUCUGUAGCAAGCCUUCUAUUGGAUCCGUAUUACAGAACUAUGAAGGGAUUCAUGGUGUUAAUUGAAAAAGACUGGGUUUCCUUUGGUCACAAAUUUAACCACAGGUAUGGCAAUUUAGAUGGAGAUCCAAAGGAGAUAUCGCCAGUUAUUGACCAAUUCAUUGAAUGUGUCUGGCAGUUAAUGGAACAGUUUCCUUGUGCCUUUGAAUUCAAUGAAAGAUUCCUCAUCCACAUACAGCAUCACAUCUAUUCGUGCCAGUUUGGGAAUUUCCUGUGUAACAGCCAGAAGGAGAGAAGAGAGCUGAAAAUUAAAGAACGAACGUAUUCAUUGUGGGCUCACUUAUGGAAAAAUCGUGCAGAUUACCUGAAUCCUUUAUACAGGUCAGACCACAGCCAAACCCAAGGGACCCUGCACCCACAGAUAGCUCCAUGCAAUUUCUUGUACAAGUUCUGGAGCGGCAUGUACAACCGCUUUGAAAAGGGGCUGCAUCCUCGACAGUCAGUUACUGAUUAUCUGAUGGCAGUGAAGGAAGAAACUCAACAGCUGGAAGAAGAGCUGGAAGCCUUACAAGAGAGAUUGGCAAAUCUUCAGAAAUCACAAUCAGGUAAUAAUAAAGUCAAGAAUAAGCAACAAGACAGAAGCAAACAGUUUGGACUGUAUACUUCCAACAACAGCUUAGUUAACACUCCCCAGGAGUAUAGCAAUGAUCUGAAAUCAUUCCCAUCCCGGAGCCCUUCUCAAGGAGAUGAAGAUUCUGCCCUGAUUUUAACACAGGACAACCUGAAAAGCUCUGAUCCUGACCUCUCAGCCAACAGUGAUCAAGAGUCUGGUGUGGAGGACUUAAGCUGUAGGUCCCCAAGUGGGGGUGGCUGCUUGCCUAGUGAAGACAGUGGCAAAGACUCUGAUGAGGCUGUAUUUCUGGCAGGCUGAAAUAGCUUCAUGGCAGCAAGGAUCCAGAUGAUGUAAAGUAUUAGUCUGGAAUGACAUCUUUUCACCAGAUGAAGAAUGGAAUGGUCUGUGGCCUAAAGGAAUAAUCCAAAGAAAGGGAACUGUGCAAUUGUGUAAGUAAAGAUCUAAGCAGAACAAGUUAUUACUAAUUUUAAGACAUGACACUAAAGAAAGGUAGUAUCUGCUGUUACAUUUCAUUAAGCCAAUAUGGUGGUUGUUUUACCAAUGCUGUACAUAUUCCUUACUUUGUACAUUUCCAUAAUUAUUUAUUAGACAGGAUAAUACUUCUUUUCCUAAGAUGCGAAAUUCCAAUGUAUUCUCUUACACAAGGUUGAAGAUGUGUUACUGUUAGCAGUCAAAACUUAUUUUUGUAGAGCUCAUUUGCCUUCAGACAUAUUAUGCAUACUCCUAGCUUUUUUCUUCACAAGAAGUUCAAACAAUUAUUUUGCAUAUUCUCCUACUAAAAUCCUUUACAACAAAGUAAAACUAACAAAUGGACACCCUGGCUUAGUGAAAAAUGAAGCUUUGAUCGUGAAAAAAGAUCCAUUAAUAUGCUGCUAUUUAUGCUGCUGCUGCAUCUGAAAGCAUCCCGUUUGUACUCAAUUCUCAACCAGUGCUGAAAGUUCAGUAGUUUCUGUGACCAAAACUUCAAGGAAUGUAACAAUGCUCACACAUCCUUUGUGCUGAAACACUCCUGUGUAACAAAAUGUACAUGAGGCAGUUUACUCUUGCCUCUUCAUGUUUUGUUAACAAGCUUGUUUAUAUCUUACUCUUGUUCUAAACCACCUACACAAGAUAUAAAGGUAAAAUUUUAAAGGUGAUAAAAUCCCCAAUGCUUCAAUCUAUUUUCCUACU